AUGCCGUGCCCUGCAGCACCAGUCAGUCGGUCAAUGGGGUCUGCAGAUAAGGCCCUGGAGGGGCUGCUGUCCACUUACCAUGAUCUCAACAAUGCCUUUGUACCCCGGGUGCCGGGACCGCCAACUCCGCUGGAGUUCCUCCAAUAUGUGCGAAGGAAUCAGCCGGUCGUGUUUACCGGCCUCAUGGAGGGGUGGGGGGCGCUGGAGCGGUGGAAUGACAGGUAUCUGAGGGAGAAGAUGGAGGGGUGCGAUAUCGAUGUCGCGGUUACACCUUUGGGGUUUGUUUCCUUUAUCAUGGUUAUCACGCAACCUCAUGCUGUACAAGUACCGUAGUUAACCGACUCAAUUUUGUGGGAGCAAAUAAUAAUAAUAAUAAAAAUAAUAUAUAUAUAUAGGAAUGCGGAUUCAAUUGUGAGUGUUGACGGAGUCGAACACUUUGUCAAGCCUUAUACGAGUUCCGAACCCUUCUCUUCAUUCAUGGACUAUAUUCGAUCCCGUCAUGUUAACGCCUCGUCGACACCUCCUUCGAUAAUCAAGUAUGCUCAGUCACAGGACGGGAAUCUAGGCAAAGAAUUUGCCGCGCUGGCGCCUGAUCUACCGUCUUCCCUCGCCUUCGCUGACUCGGCCCUCUUGUCAACGCCCGACGCGGUGAAUGUGUGGAUAGGCAAUUCCGAUUCCACAUCCGCACUGCACAAGGACAACUAUGAGAACCUGUACUGCCAAGUACUGGGCAAGAAGAGUUUUGUUCUGCUCUCGCCUUUGGAGGGGAUAUGCGUGCGGGAAAAGUCGCUUCCCGUCGCCUCUUAUGAUUCACAGGGGAAAGUGGCUGUGGAGAAGGGGCAGAGUGUAAAUGGCUGGCCGAGUGUCGAUCCUGAUGUGGGUCAUUGCGGAAAAUGGUGGGGGAAGGCGAGGCCGAUGAGGGUGGAAUUGCACAGAGGCGAGGUUCUGUAUCUACCCGCCCUGUGGUACCAUAAGGUUUCUCAGGAGGAGGGGGAUGAAGGAAUAUGUUGUGCUGUUAAUUACUGGUGAGUCGGUUGCACACUUUUGGGCCGGUUGAGUUUGUCGUGCUAAUGGACUGAUAAGGUAUGAUAUGGAUUUUGAAGGCCCCUUUUAUUCCAUGGUUCAAUUUGUGAGAGAUUGUGCAAAGGAUUGCGAAACCUUGGAGGGAGGAGAUGAGCAAGAGGAACACGGCUCUCGAUAACAACUCCCAUUCUAUAUCUCGGUUUUAGAGCGAGUAGAUCAGAGCAGCUUUGUUUGUUAAACUAUGAUAUGUAAUGGGGGACCGGAGAUCAUCGGUUUUGCCGUGAACACAUUCGUUAGGUUACAUUUGAGUUCAUGCCUGGCGCCACAGGCGACUUUAACGAUACGGGAAGGUGCAUGUUUAUCAAGAAUGAUAUUAACUUGACACCCAGCAGAGCUGACGGCUUCAACCGGGGUUACGUUGCGUUAAUAAUUGGUUUCUCGCUUGCAGGUCAGUCGGUUUAGCCGAACCACAUCAUCUCUCACCAACUGCAGCGGCAGCAGGCAGCACCUUUCCCAUUCAUUUCGCCUCUCGACCACGCAGCCAACCAACUCCUCCACCACCGGUUGAGCUGCCACCACCCCAACUACACCUAUCACCAACAUCCUCCACACCCCCCCCCCCUAGUACUACGGGAAAGAAAAUUUCUUGAACCUCAUCCCUCGUUCUUUUUCCCCGAUCACCAGAGUUGCCAAAAUCGAUGUAUGUCCAGCCCCCCUCUUGAACAAAACACCGCACCCGUUUCUUUCCCAAUAACUGCACCUUUGGGGGCUUCCCUCGCUAACUUGGACUCUGGGAUUUUCACGGUUUCCAGUGAAAAUAUCCAUUAGGUACGUUCCAGCUAGUUCCAGCCCACCACUUCCCGUACUCUCGUACCCCCGUGCUCCUUAUCCGUCACCCCCCUACCCCCCCGCUACUGCUACUGCAACCCUCUGUCCGUCUUCCUCCUCCUCCCUUACCAAAUUUAAGCGCUCUCCCUGCCCCAGUCUUCCCCCCGCUGUUCUCCUGAGGAAGAAAUAACUAAACAAAAGAGCAUCAGACUGACCACGAACUUGUUCCCCUUUUCUGCGUAGCAAGCUUCUAGUUUACCUACAACAUUGAUACCAUGGCAGCUGCGACAAAGUCUCUUAAGGUUAGAUCUCUCCGAUUACCGUUCCUGAGCCGCAUCUUCGGUUCCUUUCGCGAUGACCCUAUUCAUGCAUGUAAUAGUUUUGCUGACGUUAGCAAUGGGGGUUCAAUCCGAAUAGUGUGUGGUUACCGGUGACGGAGCGGUCGGGAAGGUAUGGUUUUCCACUUUGUGUUUCCCUCGCUGGCAAUUGCUGAUCAAAAAUUUGACAUUGACUACAGACUUGUCUCCUCAUUAGUUAUACUACCAAUGCUUUUCCUGGGGAGUAUAUUCCCACGGUGUAAGUCGCGGUUUAGAAUCAUUUUGAUUAUUCCCGGAUUACGAGCUAAUGCUUAUCUCCUUCCUCUUGUGGAUGUCCGCAGCUUCGAUAAUUAUUCCGCCAACGUCAUGGUCGAUGGAAAGCCUAUUAGUUUGGGUCUUUGGGAUACUGCAGGCCAAGAGGAUUACGACCGUCUGCGACCUCUCUCUUAUCCUCAGACCGACGUUUUCUUGGUUUGUUUCAGCAUUGUUAGCCCUCCAUCCUUCGAUAACGUUCUUUCAAAGGUUAGUCGCUAUUCUAUCCUUUUCAACCCUUCUGAGAUGACGGGCCCAGAAUUAAAUUCUUAAAUAGUGGUAUCCGGAAAUCUCCCACCAUGCCCCUAAUAUUCCCAUCAUUCUAGUCGGUACCAAGCUCGACUUGCGCGAUGAUCCCAAAACUGUACAGGGGCUGCGUGAGAAGCGCAUGGGGCCCAUUAGUUACCCUCAGGGAAUCCAAAGAGCCAAGGAAAUCAGUGCUGUUAGGUGAGUACUCGACCAGCCAGUCACAAGUGAUUUUUUUCUGCCUCCUUUGCGGUAUUAACCUGCUCUUGUUCUACUGCAGAUAUCUCGAAUGCUCCGCCCUUACACAAAAGGGCCUGAAAAAUGUUUUCGACGAAGCUAUUAGGGCUGUUCUUAUGCCCGCGGCAAAAACAAGUAAGAAAAAAGCUUGUAUUGUCCUAUAAAUCCUUCAUCGGAGGGUUGAUACGAGUUUUUUUUUUCUCCUUUUGAAUUACAGUACCUUAUGAUUGUAUGCUUGCAUUAAACUGUGGUUGAAUGUGCCUACUCUUUUUUACAUUUGGGAGCUUGUCCAAGUCUAGUUUUUACGAGUUAAAUUUUCCCGUGGGCAAUGGUGUUCAUUUUUAUGUAUGUUCUUUUUAUUCCUCUUCUGCCGUGAGAUUGUCCCCUCCCUUCCCCUUCCUCUUCGAACCCUUUUUUAUUCGCUUCUCUCUUUCUUAUUCAGAUUUGCUUCCCCACAGCAUUCAAGAUGUGUACUGUAAAGGAGGGGCCGCAGUUGCGGUCUGCGCUUUCCUCUGGCUGCCGGGUCGGGGCACUGUCGGAUAUCGGAUAAGCUUGUGUAUCUAUCUGCAUAGUGCAAGCCUUUAUGUCGUGACACUAGAGCGUAUUAUAUUAUUAUACACAAUAUCUCGACCCUCAUUUAAGCUUUGA